GUGAGUUUGCGUCAGACACAGCGCAGGCUAGUAUCAGGCAAGCACUGCGAUCCACAGCGGUUUACGGAAUUAUCAAUAAUAACACAAACAUCCCCGGAAAAGGAAAAGACGACACUACCUCAAGGCAAAGGGAUGGAAUUCCCUGUGGAUGCCCUGGCUACCUUCAGUCAUGAAGACCUUGGGCGCUCAGCAGAAGAUUAUAUGUCUAACCUUCUCUACAGCAACCCCGACAGCCCUGAGUACUUCGCCCUGCCCAACCAGAGACAGAUUCCUCUGAGUCUUUCGACUGUGGGCAUCGUUCCGCUGUAUGGAGCUGAUGUAAAACACAAAGUCCUGGCCCUGUUUGCACCAGAGGAUCAAUUCACAGCUGUAGCACUGUACCUAAUGCAUCAGUGGUGGGCUGUGGAGGACAUACUCAAAACUGCAAAUCCUUCCCGAAAUGGACUCCUGGAGGUGAAAUCCCUUGGGGAGAGGAUAGUUCUGUAUGUCCUCAAUCGCAUAAUUUACAGAGCCCAUGAAAUGAGCAAAAAUGAAGCCCCUUUUCUUUGCCACAGUGAAAACAGUUUUGCCAAAAUUCUUUGGAAAGAUAGAGAGGCCAUUGGAUUUUAUUCAGUGAAACCAGAAGGCAGUUUGUGCAGCAGUUACUUAACUCAGCGGUACCAGCUUCCUGUCCUCGACUCAAUAUUUGUCAGGAAGAGGCAUCGUGGAAAAGGAUACGGACUCCAGAUACUUGAAGACUUUGUUGACUGCUUUAAUGAGGAGUCACUGGGUUUGAAAUACCCCCUCUCGUCUGCUAUGUGUAGAGUGUGUGAGCAGUAUCUCAAUAAGUACCCUGAAGACCAAGACUUGCUGUGGGAGGUUGAGGGUAUUGGAGGGCUGUUCCAGAGGUCCCCUGUCACCAGCAGAAUACAGGUCCUGGCUUUGAAGAAGAAUUUCCAAUCUCAGAUGGAGUUUCAGACAUCAGCAGAGAAUGAAACGCUAGUUUUGGAAGAAAACGAAGAAGCAGAGCCCACUCUAAAUUCAGAAAAGGUUGCUGAAGAAGAAGAAAAACUAACAAAAAACAGUAAUGUAACAGAAGCUGUUGAAGAAGGCAUUGAAGACACGCCUGUGUCGACGCGUACCAGAAGCAAUCAGUACAGACGCAAGAGACUGAGGGAAGAGGUGGAGGAAGAGGAAGACGCUCUAGAAAAGGUUAACAGGGUGGAGACAGAGGAAGCUCUUGUUGAAGCAACAGCAGGAGAUGAGGGAGCUGAAAAAGAGCCUGAGCUACAGGAGACUGAGCCUCCUGCUGAGAAGGCGGAGGAGGCCCAGGGGACUGAAGAGCAAGGCCAGACUGAGGAAGGCACAGAAGAGGAGCAGACACUGGAAAGAGAGCUAUUCAAGACGUCUGACAUGGAGCCGGUGAACGGCGAAGUGACAGAUGAUUUGACGCAGACGUCCUCGGUGGCUGAAGAGGGAACGACCAGCGAGCUGUCGGAUGGCCCGCCCCAUGUGCAGUCCGACAGUCCGGAGGAGGAGGCUGCAGCCACACAGGAGACUGUGAACCUGGAGCAGCCGACCCAGAAGGAUACAGAGGAAAAGGAUGAUAUGGACGAAAGUUCUGCAACAGCUACCGAAGACACCACUGAGGAAGAAGCCGUUUCGUUGGAAGAACAGAUUGAAACGACCACAGAGAAGGAGACUCCCCAAAAGCAAGACCUGGCUGUCCCUGAAGUGCCCCUUGAGUCUGAGGCCGAGCCGAACGAGGAAGUGCCCCCAGAGAAAUCCAGAAGUGCUGAAAAAGAUGCCCAAGCUGGUGAUGCUGCUCCAGAAGAAGAGAGAGAACCUUCUGAGAAACCCAGCCUGUCAGAAGAGGAUAACCAGCAGGUCGAGGCAGAUGAAGAGGAUCCUUCAGCUCCUAUGGAUCUCAGUCAUGACACUUUGCUGGUCGUGGGCCUAAAAGAUGUGUCUUUCCAAUCACCAGAGGGGGAGCAAGAUAAGAGUCAUCUUGCAGAGCCAGGUGAGAAAGAGGAGGAGCAGGAGGAAGAGAAGGAAAAGGAAACUGCCCCAACAGCAAAGGAGGAAGUGGCCGAGAGGAGUUCUGAUGAUGUGGAUAGUGAGCCCCCUGUCGUGGACAGGAGGGUAUUGAGGAGGAAGGCUAAAACGGCAAGGGGACCAGCUAAAAAACGGAGUAAGACUUAAGAAAACACAUGUGAUGCAGUUGAAAAGUAAUAUUUGCAAUAGAUGUUUUUAGAGGGGGUUUUAGGGUAAAGGUUUUAAUGGUACUGGGUACAAGAUCUUUAAUGUUUUUAUUUCAUUUAUAUAGAAAUAACGUUUUUUUUAAAUAUGUAUACAUUUUUAUGAAAAAAUCCAACAAAAGAGUUAAGGGACGUGCCUGUACUACAUUGGAGAAGUUUUAUAUCAAUCCUGGCAUCAUAGUUCGUAGAUAUUGAAAUGGCAGUGUCCUAAUUAUUUGUGACUUUCAGGAUAGUAGUUUGUGGCUCUGUUUUCCUCAAUUCAGUUGUGUUUUGUCAUAGUCUAUGGUUACAUUUGUUUAAAGCUGUUUUCUUUCCCCACACUGAAUCAAAGCUGGGUCUGUAACAGUAAAAUAAACCCAGUGGUUUGGAUAAGAAAUGUGGAAAAGCAAAUUUUCAAGCUCAUCAUUUACACAUGGAUAUCAGCACACAGGGUCAGCAAGAAUUUAGUUUUUUUAAACUGAAUUUGUCCAUGCUUCCUGCCAUUCUGUGGCAGGAAUGAGACUAGGGUAUAUAUCCGCAAUGCAACUCAAGACAUUUCACCUUUGAAUAAAGUUUUAUAUUACUUAUUUUUUACAGAUUAAAACUGCAUACCAGGUAUCAAAGCACAAAAACAUUAACUCAUAUCACCAUUCUCUGCAUUUCCUGAUUUAUACUACUUUUGUCUGAAGUCCUGAAAAUACUUUAAUAUUUGUUACCCAUUAGCUUGUAAUCUCCUUUUAUAGAAAUCUACCUUUAUGUGUAAACAGACAUAAACAAGCAUAUAUAAACAGCAAUGAAACGAGGGGAUCAGUAGAGAAUGUACUGUAUUCCUACAUGACUGUUGGUGAAACAGAUUAUACAAAUACAAGAAUUUCAUCCAGUUGCAAAAAUUCAAAGUUAUGGAUGUAACUUUGGUUAUGGAUGUAACAGGUUUUUAUUAUGAUGAACUAUCUAAAUUAAAACAUGUAAUGUGAAUAAAGUAUCUCAGGAUUACCUGACAUUUACAGUAUAUCUCUGUGGGUUUGCAUUUGGUAUAGUGGAGGCUGGAUUCACAUACUGGGGUUGAUCCAAAGUUUGUAGUGCUGAAACAAUGCUGUCUCACCAAGACGGAUUGGCUCUCUGAUGUGAAGGCACCUCUCACUGUGGAUUGGAUUGCAGCAAACCCUCUUAUCAUAUCUGGGGUGGUCUUGGAAGAUGUGUUAACAUCAGCAACAAAGUAGAAACAUUCCACACCCGGAAUUCCGAAGUUACAGAAAGCCCCAGUAAUGUGGUUAUGGUCUGAAUCUUUAAUGAUAUUUUGGCUUUAAACUCUGCUUAGUUUUAAAGGACUGGUCUGGCCAUGUGCAAUAGAAAUUCUGAACCCCCUCACCAACCAAGAGGGUACUGCAUUACCAGAGGAAAUGGAGGUGAAGGAGGGGUGUUAGUGCGACAGACGUAUUACAUUUUAAAUUGAUACCCUUGAGAGCUGGUGAUUGAGAGGAAGUGGGGUUUGUUCCCCUUCUUUUGAAUUCCAUGAAAGGGUGUCAUGCAGAAACAUAUCAGCUUCUGUUUAUUGGGCAUUCAUAAUCUGGGUUUGUGGUACAGCCUUAGGUGACUAAACACUGUAUGUAGGAAUACAUCCAUUUCUUAGCUGAACUAAAUUAGUAGUCCUGUCCUGUUUUGUUAGCAUUAAUAGUAAUGGUUUUGCUAUAGUUACACUGACACACUUGAGUAACAAAGUGUUAUACAGUACAAGGGCUUAUUGUGUGUCCUUAUGCUCAGGAGACAUUUGUGUUUGUCCAUGUAUCUAUGUAUGCACUUAGGUAAACUACUUCCAAUUAUAUUCUUGAAUGAUUAUAGAGUGUGAUUCAUAUAAAAACCUUUGAAGUUUAUCAUAACCUUAAGGUCAAUUUAAAAUUGGCUACGAUCAUGCAUUUUAUAAGAACAUAAAAAAGCUUCAAAUGAGAGGAGGCCAAUUUGCCCACCUAACACAUUUGGUAGUCAUUAGCUAACUAAUCAACUAGCUAAGUGUCUCAUCCAGCUGUUUCUUGUAAAAAAUCUAAGGGGUGUCGGCUUCAUCAACAUGGCUGGGUAGUUUGUUCCAUACUCCCUCAACUGUGGGAUUAUAGAUGUGCUUUCCACUCCUGGUUUUAAAUCCUGACUUGAACCUAGGAUUCAGAGUUCAGUAGUGUAGCAUACUGUACAUCACUUGAAGCACUGAUUUAGAAACUGCAGAUGCAAUUCUCUUGAUUUGUAACUGUGCUUGCUUUCACACAAUACUACAUUUCAUUUUUGAAAACGAUUGCAUUUCAAAGACCCAAUAACCCUGACUACCACUGAAGGGAAAAUACAGUGCCAAAAAAUACUGCCGUGUUUCUAAUUUUCUUACAGUGCCCCCCGUGCUCUCCUUAGAUUUGUACUUAGAGAAAAAAACCUGGGUCAGAUUAUACUAGAUUUUUCUUCUUUUUUUAAAGGGUGUUUGGAUAAUAGCACAGUAUUUGGUUUCCUAAAAUCAUUUCAAGAAUGUUAACCUAUAAAUGUGUUUUUAAAAUGUGGGUGGUAUUUUGAAGUUGUACCAUUUUAAAAUAAGAACAUCAAGGCUCGUGUACCAUUCAACCUAGUGACACAAAAACACCAAGUAAACUUCCGACUAUUGAGUUCUCCCAUUUUUAUUAAAAUAUAUUUAUAAGAUAGAUUUAUAGAAAGGCACCUUCCUAACAACAAAUCCAGAAAGUUAUUGAAAUGGUCCAGAUUCAAUAAUAAUUAAUCUAAUUGAUGUUAAGGAUACUAGUAUAGUACACACAGCACUCCAUUUGUUGAUUUCCUUCACCUUCACAGUCAUAGCUCAAAAUGUAGUAAAUGCAUUUUGACUUUUGUCUGCAUCCAAUUGAAUACAGUAAUAUAAAACUGAAUAGUUACUGUACAUUAAGGAAUUUAGUAUAUGUAACAAAAAUGCUUCACAAAGAACACUUUUUUGUAUUAGACCCAGGAAUCUCUUUGUACAAACCCUGCCUGCUUGAACUAUUUACAGACUCUAGUGGUGCAUUUAGGAAGCUAUUGGAGAAAAAUAUUUCAAACAUUAAUUCACAGAAAACACAUUAGGAGAUAGCUGGCUAGAAGAAAAUGCUGCACUGGGAGAAAGAAGGAUUUAGAGAUGUCGUGCAAAAGCUGUCAACAAAUUCUGGAAUAUGGGACUAGAAUAGUGUUUUUAAAAACAGAUGCCCAACCAACAAUCCACUGUGCUUACUGCAUCUCUGAAGUUCUGUGUUCUUGACCUCUUGACCUUAACUGCCCUUAUCCAUUAACUCAGGAUUUUCACAGUGCCUUGUGUGUAUGGAGGCUCAUUAAUUCAGACACUUGCAAAAGGCAAUCUUUCAUAUAAGUCGUCUGUGGAUUUUUCCACAUUAACCAAAGCAUUAUGGGAUAAUCCGUUAAUUCUACUUUAAAUAAAUGUAGUGGUUGAUUUAUAACUCAAGUCUAUUGUUCCAUUUUUGGCCAUACGAGAAUAAAAAAUCUGAUACCCUGACACCUUGAACAUUAUUUCUGAAAUAUUUAAUGAUUCGGUGGCACAGAAGUGCAAUCUUUUUUUUCUGUGAUUCACCUUGGGAAGACAAGCCCAUAAACAUCUGCUCAUAGAGACAUGAUCAUAAUCACUGUCGAUUUACUUCUGUUUAUUACCAAAGCAGGCUCUGGUUUUGUCUAAAAUCAUAUGCAGAGAUACUGAUCACUACCUUUUCACAACUGAUCUGUUUUUUAUUUUUGGUCUUCCAUGUUGUCGAAAGGGAAUAUGCAAGUUUAGAUUAGCAUUGUUAAAACCAUAAAUGUUUUUUUUUCCCUACAAGUUGGGUAAAUUAACCUUUAGAAAGCUUAUAGUUAUUUUUUUAGUAACCCACUAAACGUUUCAAAAAAUGCUCCUUACUAAUUUUUCAUUAAAACACAAAUCUCAGUUAUAGUAUGGUGGAAGUGAAUUAGGUUUUGAGAGAUACAUUGGCUAUGCUUAACAACUUUAUAGGUCGUGAAGCUUAACUUUGUAGAGUUCAGCUUUAUCAGGUUCUGUAGUGAAAUCUGGCGAGGAGGAGCUUGGUGCAGGGAAUGGAAAAACUGCACUAAUUCUGCUCAAGUCUGCAGAUCAACCUUUCAUUUCUAAAAUACCAAUCCAAUCAAACACCGGCUUGAUUUCGUAGUAUACAUGAUUAGUACUCAGUGUAAGGUUCUUAUUAUACUAGGCGGUUGCAUGUUUUUAAGGGAACACUUUUGAAGGGAAAGUUUACUGCAGCAAUUUAGUCUUUUGUAUUCUUGUUUUCCAAUUACGUCCUGGCACCUAUACCCAAACCUUUGCAUUUGCCUCAUCUGAUGCACAGAACUCAAAAGCCAUGGAAAAGAUUGUUUCACUAGCGUAACCUAAAAGUAUCAUCAUUUGUAAAACUGCCAGCAGUUUCAUUCCUGAUUUUUGUGUCACAAUUUUAGCCUGUAUGGUAAAUGUUCAUGGUGUGUGCUUGUUUUAAGAUCCAAGAUAUGUUAAGAUGGCAAACAAAAGGAUAGUUAUGCUGCUCUAGUUUUUUACCUGAAAUUUUACUGAUUAUCAUUAACAUUUUGGUAUUGGUAGACCUUUAAGAAACAAUGUGCAUUAGUUAUUUGUGUUUACUGAGCCCUUUUUUCCAAUGCUGUGAUUUGUAACAUUAAUAUAUGAGUAUGAUUAAAGAUAUUUCUUGUUGAAAACUGCAGUUUUG